CUCUGUGUACUGGCGAAAAACACGACGAACUUCAAUGGUGAACUUGCAAUGCCGGUGGUCCUAGAGUCGAGCCACAGAAUGGUUCCGACCAUCUUGCCUGGAUGUGUCAGGCUAAGUAAAGUGUAGCGAUCCGUCGGCCGGACCGUCAGGGCAUCGGAACUGUCAGUGUGGAAUGAUCCCGAACUCGCCAUUUCCUUACGAUAUUUCCAGUCUUCACGGACGCUGAGAACUUAACCGACAACUUCCGGGCACUCAGAGAAAGGAGAAUAGUAGUUUGACGCGCGCGCGCUUGUGGAAAAGAGGGAUAUCCGUUCCGCCGAGGGCAGAGGGCAGCUCGCUAAUAGCCUGGAGUGGUAUUGAUUCAACAGCUACUGACGACUGGCCUUUGUUUUUUCUCUCGCCGUCAGGACCGGUGUUGACUGUGCGGGACUCAGAUGACCAGGAACAGUACGCAUCGCAGGCGCACAGCAGUCGGACAUGGUGUGGCGACUCUCCGAAAUCGACCCCGCUGCUGACUUGAGAGUAGAACUAGACGCCGCAGCGACAGGCCACCCGCCACACGACAUGGACACGACGGCGAACAACGCCACGUUCGGCGGAAACGUGUCGGCGGCGAACUGCUCGUACGCCACCGCCAGCUCUUACCCGCGUUCGUGCUCGGCGCCCGCCGACAACCAGUGCCCGCUACCCGGCCAGUCUCCGGCUUCCACCGUCGCUAUGUUUACGGUAGGAGUUCUGGGGAACAUCAUCGCGUUAAUAGUACUGUUUCUGAGUCGAAAGAACCACAAGAGAACCGUGUUUUAUCUGCUAGUAACGGGCCUGGCGUGGACGGACCUCUUGGGUAAGAUCGUGACAACCCCCAUGGUCUGGGCGGUGUAUAUAAACAACAUGGAGUGGUUGGGAGGGUGCUACACAUGUAACUAUCACGGCUGGUCCAUGCUGGCCGCCGGCCUCAGUUCUUGUCUCAUCGUCUUCGUCAUGGCCGUGGAGAGGUUCAUAGCCAUCAGGCACCCGUAUUUCUACAACGUCGGGGUGACCAGAAUGAAGGCUAAGAUCACCCUGGUCGUCUGCUGGCUUGUGGCGAUCCUCAUUGCCGCUCUUCCCCUCAUGGGGCUAGGCGAGAACGUUAUGCACUUCCCGGGGACGUGGUGCUUCUUCAACUUCUACGGUAAAGAGACGACGUCGGUGGUGUACGCUUCUCUGUUCGUGGCGGUGCUCGGAGUCUGCAUUCUCGGGACCCUCUUCUGUAACCUCUCGGUGAUCGCCACGUUACUGAGGAUGAGAAACUCCAUCCUGAGGACCAGCUCCGUGAGCCAGUCGGACGACCUGCACAAGAGCGUGCACGCCGUGAGGAACGAGGAGGACUCACCGCGAAGGCGGCGGCGUACCAACGUCCGGGCUGAGACGCAGAUGGUGGUGCUGCUGGCCGGGGUGUCCAUCAUCUUCACGGUGUCAUGGAGCCCGCUCAUGAUCCGGGUCUUGCUGAAUCAGCUGCCGAACUACCAGAGUGAGAUCUAUUGGGAUCUCGUCUCCGUUCGAAUGGCGUCCAUGAACCAGAUCCUGGAUCCCUGGAUCUACAUCCUCUUCCGGAGAGAACUCUUCAUCCGCGUCAUCAAGAUCGUCAAGGAUCUGACGUGCAAGAUCAGGCAAGUUCCGAACAAACAGGCCAAAGGCGGCGACAACAAGCGGGAGUCCGGCAUGGUUACGUUUUCUAACGGCCACGCGAAUCGGGCCAGCAGAGCGGUGGCCGACGCCAUCUUUCAUCACGCCAUCGACGAGAACGAUCACCUCAACUCUCGCGAGACUGGCAACGCGAUCAACGGCGAGAGAAGACCGUCCGGGAGAUCUUCGUUAGGCAAACGCAGGCCAUCAUGGAGAGACUGUUUACCGGCUUUAUCUCCAAACGACGACCGGUAUAUCUAUAGUUCCAUGGAGGAUGGUGUGUUUGAGGAGCCCACCACGAAGUUCGAGACUAUAACUCCUGAAGCCAGCCCUCUGUCCAAGAGACAGACGAGAACUAUGUCAGACGGGGCAGUCAGUAACCUCAGCCCGAACACGCUCAAGAGAAGGGCGUCGGGAACCAUGGAAAAGAGCUACACGUUCCAUGGGAUAAUAGAACAAUGAAUAGAGCAGUGAAGAAAGAGGACCCCCCCAGUCAACCAACUAGACAUCAAGAAAACAACAAACUCAUGUAAAAGUGUAAAAAGAUUAAGUGAAACUUCUCAUUUUCUAUACGCAUGCAGCAGUGGAAUCACACGAAACAUAAAGCUUAUGACAUAUGCAUGGUACUUGUUUUCCAAAAGCCAUCACACGCAAAGAUAUUACUGUACUAUAAUUAUGAGAUAUGUAUGCCGGUGGAAUCUAUGGUGGGGGAAUUGUAUACCCCUCCAUAUUUGUAAUGCGCACAAGUUUUCUUUAACGUCCUGUGAUACAAAUCUUCAUUACGUAUGCAUCGGUUUAAGAAUUACCUGUAACGUAUAACUUGUGCCGAAGUUAUUGUGAAAGUGAAAAAAGUGAAAUAUUGAGUGAAUCACCCACUGAUCGUAACAGAGAGGACAGACGUCAUGAUGUACAGUAAAAGUUGUAUUAAAAUGUGAAAACUGCUCGAGAUAUAUCUAUGUUUAAAACGGUUAACUUGAUGUUUCAUAUCCAUGUCGCCAAUAAGAUCAUUUUGCAUGCGUGAUUAUAAGUGGAAAAGUGCAGUUUUUGUCUUGUAUCGGCGCUCUAACUGGUAACGAAACAACUGGUAUAUUUUCCCAGUUAGCAGACAAAAUAUAUAUGAAUGUACAUAAGAAAAUACUUAUUACAGGGUAACUUUGUACAGGCGAAUACGAAAACAGAAGUGUGCAUAGCUUGCCAGCAUUAAGCAUCUACCGCAGUACAUACAUGUACCUAUAUCGUGCAGUAGAUAUAUACUGUUAUUGUGAAACUAUAUAGUUAAUCUAUACAUUAGAACUGUAGUACAACGCUAAUCUCCAAGCAGAUCUUUCGG